AUGGGCGCUAUAACCCCUAAAGAAGAUUACACAAAUAUUCCACACGAAACUUUCGAUGCUGUCAUCGUUGGUGGUGGUGGUUCAGGUAUGCGCGCGUCUUACCAACUUGCUCAAGCUGGUUUGAAAGUUGCUGUUUUAACUAAAGUAUUCCCAACUCGUUCGCACACAGUUGCAGCGCAGGGUGGUAUUGGUGCAUCUCUUGGUAAUAUGCAAGAAGAUAACUGGCACUACCACUUCUACGACACUGUUAAAGGUUCUGACUGGUUAGGCGACCAAGACGCGAUCGAAUUUAUGACGCGUGAAGCGCCACAAGUGGUUUAUGAGUUAGAACACUUGGGUAUGCCAUUUGACCGUAACGCAGACGGUACGAUUUACCAACGUCCAUUCGGUGGUCACUCUGCAAACUACGGUGAAAAAGCAGUUCCACGUGCAUGUGCUGCUGCUGACCGUACAGGUCACGCACUUCUUCACACGCUUUAUCAAAGCAACGUGAAAAUGGGUACUCAAUUCUUUGUUGAAUGGAUCGCGCUUGAUCUGAUUCGUAACGAAGCAGGUGAUGUACUUGGUGUAACAGCAAUUGACCAAGAAACGGGUAAAAUUGCAGUAUUCCAAGCCAAAGCAACAUUGUUUGCUACAGGUGGUGCGGGUCGUGUUUACCGUGCAUCUACCAAUGCUUAUAUCAAUACUGGUGACGGUCUUGGUAUGGCUGCUCGUGCAGUGGUUAAAGAUUUAGUUGUGGAUAUGAAUCAGUUCUACGAUCAGUACAACAAAAUUCAUCCAUUCUUGAUCAACAACCAACCUGCGCCGCCAAAAGAGCGUUUACAGUCUCCUGAAGAACGUGAACACUUAGAUGACAAGUUCUUGGGUCCUUCAGCGUUGUUGAAUGCAUACCGUUUUAUCAUCGACUCUCGUGAUACAGCAACUCAAGAGCGUUUGGCUCGUCUAGACGACCCAUUCUCGCUAUUCCGUUGUAAAGGCAUCAUGAACUGUGUAUCAGAAAUGGGUCCACAAAUGCAAGAAGUUGCUGACGCAUUGCGUCUUGACACUGAACUUUCCGCUGAUAGUGCAGCGUAUAUUGAAGAACUUUAUGAGCAGUACUUGGCUGCACCAGACUCAGUAGAAGCUGACUGGCGUGCAUACUUCGAUAAAUACCCGAAAGGUAAUCUUUUGAUUGGUAAAGACGAAGCAACUCUAGGUGAAAUGGUUCAAGCCAUGGAAGCAACGUAUUGUGCUUCAAUUGGUGCAGAAUACAUGCACAUUGUUGAUACCAAAGAAAAACGUUGGAUUCAACAACGCCUUGAAGGUGCACGUGGUCAAUUCAACUUCACUGCAGAACAGAAAAAACACGUAUUAGAGCGUUUAACUGCGGCUGAAGGCCUAGAAAAAUUCCUAGGUAAUAAAUACGUUGGUGCAAAACGUUUCGGCGUGGAAGGUGGUGAAUCUUUCAUUCCAAUGGUUGAUGCUUUAAUUCAGCGUGCAGGUUCUGUAGGUUGUAAAGAAGUGGUCAUUGGUAUGCCACACCGUGGUCGUUUGAACCUUCUUGUAAACAUCAUGGGUAAAAACCCAGCAGACCUAUUUGGUGAGUUCGAAGGUAAGAGCUUACAUAAAAAAGGUUCUGGUGACGUUAAGUACCACCAAGGUUUCUCUUCAAACGUAAUGACUCAAGGUGGCGAAGUUCACUUGGCAUUGGCGUUUAACCCAUCACACUUAGAAAUCGUCGGCCCUGUGGUUGAAGGUUCAGUGCGUGCACGUCAAGUUCGUCGUAAAGACAUUGGUGGUGAUGACGUAUUGCCAGUCAUUGUUCACGGUGAUGCUGCAUUUGCAGGUCAAGGUGUUAACCAAGAAACCUUCCAAAUGUCACAAACACGUGGCUAUACAGUGGGUGGUACGGUUCACAUUGUGGUGAAUAACCAAGUUGGUUUCACAACAUCUGAUCCACGUGAUGCGCGUUCUACAGAAUACUGUACGGACAUCGCGAAAAUGAUCCAAGCACCGAUUUUCCAUGUGAACGGUGAUGAUCCUGAAUCAGUAUUGUUUGUUGCGCAAUUGGCACAUGACUUCCGUCAUACUUUCCGUAAAGACGUUGUCAUUGACAUGUUCUGUUACCGUCGUCGUGGUCACAACGAAGCGGACGAGCCAGCUGCAACUCAGCCAAUGAUGUAUCAAGUCAUCAGUAAGAAAACUACAACGCGUGCGCUGUAUGCAGACCAAUUGGUUCAAGAAAGCGUUUUAGACCGUGCUAAAGCGGAUCAAAUGGUUGAAGACUACCGUUCGGAUCUAGAAGCAGGCAAGCAUGUUGCAAAUGCAUUAGAAGACCGUGCUAAAGCGGAUCAAAUGGUUGAAGACUACCGUUCGGAUCUAGAAGCAGGUAAGCACGUUGCCAAUGCACUGGUACUUGAACCAAAUACAAAAAUGUUUGUAGAUUGGGCGCCGUACUUAGGGCAUGACUAUACAGACGUAUGGGAUACCACAUGUUCUGAAGAUCGCCUAAAAGAACUUGGUCGCAAAAUGCGCGAGCUUCCUGAAGGCUUCGUGAUGCAGCGUCAAGUUGCAAAAGUGAUUGAUGAUCGCUUAAAAAUGCAAACUGGCGAAAUGCCAUUGAACUGGGGUGCUGCGGAAACUUUGGCUUAUGCAUCUAUUUUAGAUGAUGGCUAUUUGGUUCGUUUGACUGGUGAAGAUGUAGGUCGUGGUACCUUCUCACACCGUCAUGCAAAACUGCAUAACCAAGUGGAUGGUUCAACCUAUAUUCCGCUUUGCCAUAUCAAAGAAAAUCAACCACGUACUGCUAUUUAUGACUCAUUAUUGUCUGAAAUGGCGGUGUUAGGUUUUGAGUAUGGUUAUGCAACGACUCUGCCUAAGAGCUUGGUGAUUUGGGAAGCACAAUUUGGUGACUUCGCAAACUGUGCACAGGUGGUGAUCGAUCAGUUCAUCGCAUCAGGUGAAACCAAGUGGGAGCGUGUGUGUGGUUUAACCUUACUUCUUCCUCACGGUUUUGAAGGUCAAGGUCCAGAGCACUCAUCUGCACGUUUAGAGCGUUUCUUACAGCUAUGUGCUGAAGACAACAUGCAAGUGAUGACACCGACUACGCCUGCACAGAUUUUCCAUGCUUUACGUCGUCAAGCGAUUCGCCCAAUUCGUAAGCCAAUGAUCAUCAUGUCACCGAAGUCUUUACUUCGUCACAAGCUUGCAACGUCUACUUUAAGUGAACUUGCAAACGGUACAUUCCAAACUGUGAUUGAUGAAAUCGACAACAUCAACAAAGCAGACGUAACACGUUUAGUGCUUUGUGGUGGUAAGGUUUACUACGACUUGCUUGAGAAACGUCGUGAGCAAGAGUUGAAUAACACUGCAAUCGUUCGUAUUGAACAAUUGUAUCCAUACCCUGAACAACGUAUUGCUGAAGUUCUUGCUCAAUAUCCAAAUGUGAAAGACAUUGUUUGGACGCAAGAAGAGCCGAAGAACCAAGGCGCUUGGUUAUUUAUUGCUCCUCGUCUAUAUGAUGAUGUAAUGAAGUCGGCUAAACCAGUACAUAAAGUUGUUUUAGAAGUUGUUGCUCCUGCUGACGGUACAAUUGCAUCGAUCAUUAAAGGUGAAGGUGACACUGUUCUUUCAAAUGAAGUGAUUGCACAGUUUGAAGAAGGUGCUGUAUCUGGCGCUGCGCAAACUGAAGCAGUUCAGUCUGAAGCGAAAGUAGAACAAGCGGUUGUUCAAACUGAAGCGGGUGCUGCACCAGUCGUUGAACGUGCUCAAGUUGCUGAUCAAGCGCCUGCUGUACGUAAAGCAUUGACUGAGUCUGGUAUUCCAGCUGCUGAUGUUGCAGGUACAGGCCGUGGUGGUCGUAUCACGAAAGAAGAUGUGGCAAAUCAUCAAACUAAACCAGCAGCUCCAGCUGCAGCACCAUUAAGUGUUGCUGUGGGUGAGCGUGUUGAGAAACGUGUUCCAAUGACACGUCUUCGUAAGCGUGUUGCUGAGCGUCUGCUUGCUGCAACUCAAGAAACUGCAAUGUUGACGACGUUUAACGAAGUGAACAUGAAGCCAAUCAUGGAAAUGCGUGCACAAUACAAAGACGCAUUUGAGAAGCGUCACGGUGCGCGUCUUGGCUUUAUGUCUUUCUUUGUUAAAGCUGCAACUGAAGCGCUUAAACGCUACCCAGCAGUUAAUGCUUCAAUUGACGGUGAUGACAUUGUUUACCACGGUUACUAUGACAUCGGUGUAGCAGUAUCUUCUGAGCGUGGUCUAGUUGUACCUGUGCUUCGUGAUACAGACCGCAUGAACUAUGCUGAAGUUGAAAAUGGUAUCCGUGACUUUGCUUAUAAAGCACGUGAUGGCAAAUUAGGCAUCGAAGACAUGACUGGCGGUACGUUCACAAUCACCAACGGUGGUACUUUCGGUUCAUUGUUAUCGACUCCGAUCUUGAAUACACCACAAACUGCGAUUUUGGGUAUGCAUAAAAUCCAAGAGCGUCCAAUGGCUGUAAACGGUCAAGUAGAAAUCUUACCGAUGAUGUAUUUAGCGCUUUCUUAUGACCACCGUCUAAUCGAUGGUUCUGUGCCAAUUAACAUUCCAUCAGCACCAGUUGAUCAAAACAUUAUCGUUGACUCAACUGGCGCACUAGAAUUCCAAGAAGUACCUAAGCGUUUAGGUGUGAUUGGUGCAGGCGUGAUUGGUCUAGAGCUUGGUUCUGUUUGGCGUCGUUUGGGUGCUGAAGUUGUUGUAUUUGAAGCAAUGGAUGCAUUCUUACCAAUGGCCGAUAAAGCAUUGGCAAAAGACUACCAAAAACUUUUGACGAAACAAGGUCUUGAUAUUCGUGUUGGCGCUAAAGUUGCUGGCACAGAAGUUAACGGUUCUGAAGUGACUGUUAAAUAUACUCAAGGCGGCGAAGACAAAACUCAAACUUUCGACAAGUUGAUCGUUUGUGUAGGUCGUCGUGCAUACGCUGAAGGUCUAUUGGCUGAUGAUUGCGGCAUCAAACUCACCGAACGUGGUUUAGUUGAAGUGAACGAUUGGUGUGCAACGUCUGUUGAAGGCGUAUAUGCAAUUGGUGACUUAGUUCGUGGUCCAAUGCUUGCGCAUAAAGCAAUGGAAGAAGGCGUAAUGGCUGUUGAACGUAUUCACGGUCAUGCAGCUCAAGUCAACUAUGACACGAUCAUUUCUGUGAUUUACACACACCCAGAAGCGGCGUGGGUCGGUUUAACAGAACAGCAAGCGAUCGAGAAAGGCCACGAAGUGAAAACGGGUCAAUUCGGUUUUGCUGCAAACGGCCGUGCAAUGGCUGCGGGUGAAAAUGCUGGUUUCGUGAAGUUUGUUGCUGAUGCAAAAACAGAUCGUUUACUGGGUAUGCACGUGAUUGGGCCUGCUGCGUCUGAUAUCGUACACCAAGAGGGCGUACUUGCCACCACCCCAGAAGAAGCAGUAAAAGCCUUUGAACAAAUAGGCGGAAAAUUUGCUGUCAUGAAAGCUCAAGUGCAUGCACGUGGUAAGGCGGGUGGCGUAAAAGUUGUAAAGUCAGCAACGGAAGCUGCUGAAUAUGCAAAAAGCAUCAUCGGGACCAACCUUGUUACCUAUCAAACUGAUAGUCAUGGCCAACCUGUCAACAGCGUACUUGUCGCGGAAGAUGUUUAUCCUGUAGAACGUGAGCUGUAUUUAGGUGCAGUGGUUGACCGCUCAAGCCGUCGUGUGACCUUUAUGGCUUCAACCGAAGGUGGCGUCGAAAUUGAAAAGGUUGCUGAAGAAACCCCUGAAAAAAUUAUUAAAGUUGAAGUCGAUCCUUUGGUUGGCUUAUUGCCAUUUCAAGCACGUGAAGUGGCAUUUAAGUUGAACUUGAAAGAUGGUCAAGUGAAUCAAUUUGUGAAAGUAAUGUCUGCUGCGUAUCAAGCAUUUAUUGAAAAUGACUUUGCAUUGUUUGAAAUUAAUCCGCUGUCUGUCCGUGAAAAUGGUGACAUCCUAUGUGUCGAUGCCAAAGUGGGGAUCGAUUCAAACGCGCUGUAUCGUUUACCUGAAAUUGCUGCGCUGCGCGAUAAGUCACAGGAAAAUGAACGGGAGUUGAAAGCAUCUGAAUUUGACCUCAACUACGUCGCGCUUGAAGGCAACAUUGGCUGUAUGGUCAAUGGUGCAGGCCUUGCGAUGGCAACCAUGGAUAUUAUUAAACUCUAUGGCGGCCAACCUGCGAACUUCCUUGAUGUGGGUGGUGGUGCAACCAAAGACCGUGUGAUUGAAGCGUUUAAAAUUAUUCUGGCAGAUACCUCUGUACAAGGGGUAUUGAUUAAUAUCUUCGGUGGAAUUGUACGUUGUGACAUGAUUGCUGAAGCAAUUAUUGCAGCGGUUCAAGAAGUAAAUGUGACCGUACCUGUGGUUGUUCGUUUAGAAGGGAACAAUGCUGAAUUGGGUGCCAAAUUACUUGAUGAAUCAGGCAAAAACGGCACAUUCCACUCAGCACAAGCACUAGAUUAUGGAACUAAAGUCGUUGGUGGGGUAACUCCUGGUAAAGGUGGCACAACCCAUCUAGAUUUACCUGUGUUUAACACCAUGAAAGAUGCAGUUGCAGUGGACUCAGGUGUUGGACUGAUUGUGGUCAUCACAGAAGGUGUGCCAACUUUAGACAUGCUCAAAGCUAAGCGUUAUCUUGAAACCAAUGGUAAUGGUACGCGUCUAAUUGGUCCAAACUGUCCGGGUAUUAUUACUCCCGGUGAAUGCACGUUGACUUAUGAGGCGGUUGCUCAAACGACGAAACUGGGCUUAGGACAAUCGACCUGUAUUGGUAUUGGUGGUGAUCCAAUUCCGGGCAUGAACCAAAUUGAUUGUUUGAAACUGUUCCAAGAAGAUCCGCAAACUGAAGCGAUUAUCAUGAUUGGUGAGAUUGGUGGUACGGCUGAAGAAGAAGCAGCGGAAUAUAUUCAAUCGCAUGUGACUAAACCUGUGGUGGGUUAUAUUGCCGGUGUAACAGCACCGAAAGGCAAGCGUAUGGGGCAUGCGGGAGCGAUUAUUUCUGGUGGUAAAGGUACUGCGGAAGAAAAGUUUGCAGCAUUUGAAAAGGCGGGGAUGGCGUACACGCGUAGCCCAGCAGAACUCGGUUCAACGAUGUUCCAACUUUUAAAGGACAAAGGUAAAGCCUAUGCCUUAAAAGCUGGGGCUAUGGUCAGUAAGCAUGAGCAUUUGGUCUGUAUUGAUGGUGAUGCAUUGUUGCAUCCGCAUGCUGUGCUGUGGAUGAUGCACCAUUUAACCAGUUUUCCACGUGUAGGUGCAGUGACGGGCAACCCGAGAAUCAUUAAUCGUUCGAGUAUUCUUGGCAAAAUUCAGGUCGGGGUGUUGGUCGCUUUUCGUAAAACGGCAUUGGAUCGUAUUGGUUAUUGGCGUGACGAUAUGAUUACCGAAGACAUUGACGUGUCAUGGCGUUUGCAAUUCGACCAUUGGGAUCUGCACUAUGUACCAAAUGCUUUGGGCUAUAUUUAUAUGCCUGAAACCUUUGGGGGGUUAUGGAAACAACGUUUACGUUGGGCACAGGGUGGGAUUGAGGUCUUAUUGGCCUAUACCAAACAAAUGUUUAAAUGGCGUUUACGCCGUAUGUGGCCAGUCGCGAUUGAGUCUAUGAUCAGUAUCCUCUGGGCCUAUGUGAUGUUCGGUAUCAUUAUUUUAUAUCUCUACGGUUUGUUUUUUCCAUUACCUGAGUCCUCUAAUCUUGCUCAAAGUUUUAGCGUGAGCAUCUCAGACAUUGAGCGUUUGCAGCAAGCUGAGAACAUUACCUUGCACUACAGUGAAGAAGGUGGGCUUAAGGCGUAUGAUUUGAAUGAUCCAGUGAAAAUGCCGACUUCAAGGUCGAUGCACGUGGAUGUUGCUGCACAAAAUCAUCUGGAUAAUAGCCAAAAUGCUUGA